GUCUGUGCGCGCGCGCCCUCGCGCUCGCAAUGACCGAGUCUUUGACGAAAGAGGGAACGGAGAGGAACGAAGAAGAGAGCGGGAUUCUGCUUCAGCCUCCCACUGUGACGUACAGGACACUAUAAAUGAAGACUAAAUUACUCUCAUAAUUCACUUGUUGCUGUUCUGUACGGCGCAGUAAGUUUAAAAACGAGUGAGGCGGUGCGCGCGCACGACUGCGAGGCAGCAGCAGCAGGCUUGCUCUGGCCAUGAGCUCUCUGCUGCUUUCCAGCUGCAGCAUGAACGAACGUGAAUCGCCUCUUCCCUACCCGGGCUCCAGCAAGACGGGCAGCCAGUUCACCACAUCUGCAUUCCAUUCGUCCUCAAAUAUGCUGGGCAAGUCCCAGGCCUUCAGUCUGCAGUCUGGUCCUCACCUUCUGGCCAGCAUGCAGCUUCAGAAGCUCAACAGCCACUACCAGAGUCUUGCUGCCAGCUCCAGCAAUGGACCCACAAGGUGCUAUGGGACAACAGCUGGUGCUGGACAAGCUUCCUCAGCGGGGGCUACCCAAGGACCGGGUAUAUUUGACUCUGAUCCUGUAGAUGAGGAGGUCCUCAUGUCACUGGUGGUGGAAUUGGGCUUGGACCAGGCUAAAGAGCUACCAGAGCUCUGGUUGGGCCAGAAUGAGUUUGACUUAAUUUCUGAUGUUUCUGCUGGCUGCUGACCAGACUUGUGCUGCAUCCUUCUCUCAGAAGUAUUGGCGUACAGUCAGGCCACCUACCCUGAAGCCCCUUGACUUUCUUUGGAAGGCUAGUGGUAGCCAGUGCUAGGGCCCCAACUUGCUCGAUGCUUAGACACAUUGAGCAAAUAAAGUCCAAAAUCUGUAAGAGCAUCUUUAAAACUUCUAAUGGAGUUAAGCUGAUAGUGGAGAUGCAACACAGACCUAAAUGUCAGCCAUUUGUUUCUGUAAUAUUCCAGAGCACAAUAAUACAAGAGAAAUGAAAACAUCCUCAGCAAAAAAGUGCUAUUUUAAAGCAGAAGUAUGGGCAGUCAAGUCCAAACUAUGUUGCUAACAAUCAGAAGGUAAUUCUGUUAUGUUUUGUUAAUUCUGUUAUCAAGCUGUAAAAGUGCAUGUUAAUUUUGUUGGCAAAACUUUGAAAGAGUUUUGCCUAUGUGUGGUGCUGGAUCUCUUGCUUUGGUAACUGUUGAAGGCUUUUUUUUUUUUUUUUUUUUUUUUUUUUUCUCUCUCUCUCCCCCCCCCGGGAUGUGUAUAGAUGAUAAAGGGGUUCUAGGACUAUGGUGUGUUUAUGUAUGAGGAUGUGCCAUUUCAUAAAUGCUUACUGAGAUGGAUAAAUUUAAGAAUUUGUGUUAAAGCGUAAUGGUAGCUCUGUCCUGAAUCUGCACCCGUUUGCUCUGAAGCUCUAUGUAAGCUUUUUUUUUUUUUUUUUUUGUCUAUCAAAGGAGAACAUGGAAAGGCAGAAUAAGUGCUUUAGAUAUACAGAUGAAAAAUUUAAAUCUGCUUAAGACUUCCAGGUGUUUAAGUCCAUACCUUGUUUUAUCUAUUACUGCCUCUUUUGCUUUGAAGCUGUUUUUUCCUCAGUGGAAGUGAAUGUUUUCUUUUCCCAAAGUGAUGUUGGAGAUAUGCCAGCUGUUCUAGCUAGGGUUAGGCCUGCAGUGACACCAUGCUUGUUUCCAAUGCAUAGAGGACACUGUCUUUUAUAUAAAAUACAUUUAAGUUUUAAUUCCAAAUCUUGAUUUGUGAGCACUUUUACAGCCCUCUUUUGUUCUUAAAUAUGUAAAAUAUUUAUUUUACUGCACAUUUUCACAAUAAAAUGGUUA